CAUUUAAAGGGCGGUGUGUGGAAAAACACAGAGGACGAGAUCCUCAAGGCAGCGGUUAUGAAAUACGGCAAGACGCAGUGGGCGCGCAUCUCUUCACUGCUGGUGCGCAAGACGCCGAAGCAGUGCAAGGCGCGCUGGUAUGAGUGGCUCGACCCCAGUAUCAAAAAGACCGAGUGGUCGAAGGAAGAGGACGAGAAGCUUCUGCACCUGGCCAAGCUGAUGCCCACGCAGUGGCGGACCAUUGCGCCGAUUGUCGGGCGCACGCCUGCGCAGUGCCUGGAGCGCUACCAGCGGCUGCUGGACGAAGCUGAGGCGCUGGACAUGGAUGAGGACGAGAAGGAUAUGCUGUCAGAGGCCCGUGCGCGGCUGGCCAACACGCAGGGAAAGAAGGCGAAGCGGAAGGCACGUGAGCGCCAGCUGGAGGAAGCGCGGCGGCUAGCGACACUGCAGAAGCGGCGUGAGCUACGAGCGGCUGGCAUUGAGCUGAAGCCAAAGAAGAAAAAGAAGAACGCAGCAACGCAUGCCGACUACAAUGCGGAGAUCCCGCUUGAGCAAAAGCCACUGCCUGGGUUCUACGAUACCACCGAGGAGCUGGCCCGCAAGACUGAUGGUGCACAUGCUUUGAAGGGGAAGUUCCUGGAUAGCCUGGAGCGCAAGUCGCGUACGGAGCGCGAAGAGGAGGAGAGAGCAAAGGCGAAGCGCAAGCGCGAAAACAGGAGCAAGGGCGACGGGAUUGCAUUUGUGGCAGAAUCGGGGAAAGGGGGUCAUGAUGUGUUUGCAGCCAGGGAGGAGGAUGAGCAGAUUUCGAAGCGCAAGAAACUGGUGCUGCCCACACCCCAGGUCAAUGACGCCGAGUUGGAAACCAUUGCCAAGAUCGGUCAGCAGGGCGACCUGGCUCGCGAGCUUGUCGGCGAUGGUGAGGGAGAGUCAUCGAGCGCCUUGCUUGGCGACUACUCGGAUACGCCGACCAUGGCCACUACACGCACCCCGCGCACCCCAGCCCACAACACCGAGUCGCCUGCGCCCAGCAUGCCCACAGCCGGCCCUGGCACUGGCUUUGACGGCGUCAAGCCCAGAGGGACUGAUAUGGCCACACCUAACCCGUUUGCGCAGUCACUGCCAAACCCCGCAGCACCUGGCUCUCAGACAGCUGUGCGCGACCAGCUCGGUCUCAACACACCAGCACAGAAUGUUGCAUCGACGCCACGGGAGCAAAAGAUGGCCAGCCGCGGUUUGCGUGAGCAGCUGGCGCGCAAACUGGCGUCGCUGCCCAAGCCCAAGAAUGAGUUUGAGGUUGUGGAGGAAAUCCAAGUCGGACCCCCAGAUGCGGUCGAGGAUCAAACAGAUGUCGAGAGCCGGCUGGCCAAGGAGCGGGAGGAGCGGGAGGAGGCAGAGCUGCGGCGGCGUAGCAAGCCAGUGCAGCUCAACUUGCCCCGGCCCGACGCUUUGUCGUCGGAGAUCCUCGCGGUCAGCGUUUCUUCGGGGCUUCCACCGUCGCAUCCGGUCCCCAAUGCUCCAGUUUUACGCGGUGCCCGAUCGGCGGAUGCGGAGCUUGAGGAGAUCUCUGACGACCUGCUGGAGCAGGCUCGCGCAAUGGUUGCGACAGAAAUCGAACAGAAUAUGCCACAGGAGAUGAAGCAGCUGUUUGAGAGCGCGGGCAAGGUGCUUGCUGCUACAGCGUGGGCAUCGGCAGAAAGGUCAGAGACAUGGCUGCCAGCCGCCAACAAGUAUGUGGCCACCUCGGAAAUCAGCAAUGGUGAAUGGAUUGAAAAGUACAGUGUCGAGCUGGCGCAGCACCGCGAGCUAAUGGCUGCUGAGGCAGCGCGUGCAACAAAGGCCGAGCGCAAACUGGGCAUCACAUUGGGAGGAUAUCAGGCAAGGGCAAAGGCACUCACGGACAAAAUCAUUACGGCGCACAAAGAUUUUGAGCAGGCCAAGCUCGAUAGUGAGGCAUUCGCCAGUCUUUAUACGGCCGAGCAGGCGGCUAUUCCAGCACGCAUAGAAAAGGCAGAAGAAGAGCUGAAGAGGAGGCGGGAUGCCCUGAAGGCACAGCUUGCGCAGGAGCCUGCACCAGCGCAGUGACAGCAGCGCCUCUGCCAUGCGGGGUAGGUUAGAGAUCUGGAAUACACCAUUAUAACCCCUGCAUUCGUUCAAAUUCUGCGCCAACAUGCUCCCUUUCACAGACCCACGCUCGUACAUCCGAGACCACAUGCACUUCGGAAUGGGCGGCCCAUGGGACAAAUGUAGCAUUGGGCCUCUCUGAUGUGAAACGGAAAUCCAGCAUGCUUCUUUCCAUGCCUGAUUUGACUUCGUCACCCCCCCGGAUGGUUGGUUUGUGUGGUGUCUCGAUUACAUGUGGGCAGCGAUGUCCUAAGAGCUACCCCUUCUCUCCCAUUUUUAUACUCUAUUAAUAAAAGAAGUCCCUGA